CACGUGACAUAUUUAGCGCAAGGCUGACAAUAAAGGUUCAACUUCUUGAUGCGUCGUCCCUGGCAAAUUCGACGACGAAAUCCCAACGCCAAUGUCAGCUCCGCGAAUUGCAGUCGACGGGCUAUGGCGCUUCCUCUGUCCUGCAUUUGAUUCAAUUGUACUGUCUAGGGCCCGAUUGCCUGUUUCAAGGGCGAGUUAUCGACCAUGCGUACCCCGGAGAACAUUGAGACCUUCCAGCUUGAAGCUCCCAGUAGCCGCUUCUCGACGCCAGAAUUCCACUCUUGCGAAAUCGGUCAACGUAUCGAAUGAUGGGGAUUUUGCAAGUGAGGUAUUGGAUGUCAGCGAAUCUAUCUCCGAAACCCCUCUGCCGGACAAAUGGGGCGCACUUUCCAUCGUGGAGCUGCAUGACAUUCUCCGGACAGUGCGAGACGAGAGUGGCUCAUACCAGAAAACGAUCCACCUAGUUCAGUACCUGAUUAAGAACAGAGGGGAAAGACCGAAUGUGCGGCACUUUGAUGUACUUAUUCGGGCGAAUGCCGAUGCAGAGAGGGGGAGUGCGGAAGAAGUCGAGGGGUUGCUGAAGGAGAUGGACAAGCAGGGAAUCAUUGGGGAUUCGGGCCUGUAUCAUAGCGUUUUGAUGACUUUGGCCGUACACCCCAACCAUCUCCUGCGGGCGGAAAUUCUAACAGAGAUGAAAGCCCGCUGGAUCUCUCUCACCCCACUCGGCUAUCACCACCUCAUCAUCUCUCACCUCCGCGACCGCGAGUACGAACUAGCUCUAUCCGUAUUCUACUCCCUACACCAUCGCCACAUCUCAGUAGAACCAUGGCUUUACGAUAUCUUAAUUUACGUUUUCUCAGAAGCCGGCGAGCUUUCUACGGCUCUCUCCAUCCUCCAAUCCCGCGCCGAAGACCCAGACCGCAAUCCUUUAUACCCAGAUCCGCAGGAUGUCAGCCCUGGCGUCUGGCCAUACUUCCUCGACACUUGUGCUGCGGCAUAUGACUACGCAGGCGUGUUAUAUAUGUGGCGUAAGCGCGUGGAGAUUGACUAUCUAAGACCGAGCGAUGGCACAUUGGCAAAUGUUCUCAACACUGCAGCGCUGGCUGGUGAUCCUGCGCUAGCGACCAGUGCCCUGAAGAUGCUCGCGGACAGGAAAGGGGAACUGCCUACCAGCAGUUACGAGGCCAUGUUGGAGGCGUAUGCGACAGCCAAGGAUGUGACGAAUGCGUUUCGCGUACUGUGUAUCAUGGGCAAGGCAGGUGGAGAAAGCACGAGCAAAACACCCAGCUCGGCAACGACACGGCCUCUAUUCAAGCUUCUCCGAGAAGAAGGGCCGGAAGUCAUCCAAGAUGCAUGGAAGGCUUUGACACUGUUGCAGGAGGAGGGGAAAGAGAUUCCCAUCGCUGCUGUAAAUGUUAUCCUGGAAGCUGCCGCCUCGUCCGGAGAAUUGGGGUUGGCAAUGCGUCUCUACAAGGAGCUAGUCAGCUCUCAAUCCGCGCCCGCCUCGAAGACAUUGCAGCCAGAUAGCCCCUCGACCGAAGUAACCGCCCGUCCUAAUAUUCGAUACAAGACAGCACGCAAAACCCUGCGUGUCCACCCCGACACGACAACGAUCAACGUGCUCCUCCAAGGCUGCACGAAGAUCCGCAGCUCUCUCAGCCCCAAACGAAUGGCAAUGUACCUCGCUUCCGAGAUGGCGCGGCAGGGCAUCCGGCCCGACGAGCUGACGUACGACCGGCUCAUUCUGGUGUGUCUGCAUGAGGGACAGCAGGAUUACGAGGACGCGUUCCGGUAUCUGGAAGAGAUGGCGGCGAUGGGGUGGCAGGGAAGGGUGAGGAAUGGGACGUGGCAUGCGCUUGCACGGCGGUUUGCGACGGAGCGGGAUGGGCGUGUGGAUACGGUUUUGGAGAUGAUGGAUGUGUUGGGGUUGGAGACGGGGAAGUUGAGGGGUGUGGUGGGGGAGUUGUGGGAGGCUGGGCCUGGGGAGAGACGUAGGGCGGCGCGGGAUGGGGUUUCAGGUGGUGAGGAUGAUGGGAUGGCGGUGGAUGUGGGGGUUGGGGAUGGCGUGGAGGGCGGUACGGGAGAGGCGCCACAGGAUGAACAGCCUGUCUGGGGUAAUCUGCGGAGGAAGCAUGGCUCAUCAUGAUUUAGAGGCAAUCUACUCGUGCGGUUCAAACUUGACGAUGGUACUGUAUAUAUUAGCCACCAAGAUCUUACGAACAGCUUUAUUGGCGGCUUGAUUGUUCACGUAUAGUCCCUCUCGAGGCUUACGUUCUAGACGAGUACGUUGUAUUGGUGGUUACAAAUAUUUAUUACAAGUAAAUAUGCUAGGUGCAACAGAUUUGAUAUCCUGU